AUGGUUCUGAUUGUGACAGCUCGUCGUCUGUCAUACUCACCUAUCUUCCGUCAUAAUCCACUGACCCGUUACAUUUCCAGUGAGACAGCUGAUGAGCAAGGUGGAUUCAUACGGUCAAUUUACUCUAAGCCUAAGUUUAAACAUGUUAUACGUAAUGGUAAAUCUGUAAAAAUCUAUACUGGUUUGGUGGCAGAGGCACCCACUCCCCUCUCUGAUAAAAUAUUUUCGUAUAUGCGCAGCGUAUGGGGUAAAGAAACGAUGACAGUGGAUACUCUCAAGACACUGUUACUGUCGCGAAUGAAGGAACGCAACCGAAUUAGACAAAUAGUUUCUGAUAAAGAGGUUGCUAAUCUUGGAGUUGAUAUUGCUGUUGCUCAUAUGGUAUGUCGUUUAGGUGGCCGUGUUCAGCUUGUCGGUCACACUAAGUGGAUUCAACCAUAUGCUGGAAUCCCUCCCACAUUACCAAAGAAGUACGUUAAUGACUUCAUGCUCGAGACAAUUGACCUGUCAGGCACUAAUAUUGUCUAUGAGGGACUAGAGUUCUUACCCUGUUUAACCCAUCUGCGGUACUUAAAAAUGAAAAGAUGUUUACAUCUUGAUGAUUUUUGUAUGUCAAGGAUUGGACGUAUCAAAGGAUUACAAUUUCUCGAUGUCAGUGAAUGUGCCAGUCUCACUUCGAAAGGCCUAGCGACGUUGGCGCAGUUGAAAGAUUUACGCCGCUUAAUAGUGAGUGGAAAUCCACAGAUUGAAGACAAGGAACUAGUUUGCCUUCUACUCGAAGAUCAUUUACCGAAAUUAUACAUUGACGGUGUAGACUACAUUGGUCAACUGCCUGAUCAGUCGAAAGAAAAAGUCUUACAAUUGAUAUCUACAAGUGAAAAGUGUGUUGAAGCACAAAACGAAGAAACAAAUGUAGAUAAAGUUUACUUAGUUAACAAAGCAUGA